AGAUAUACGAUAAUGUUUGAAACAUUCAUUUCUCGUUCAGGUGGAUAAUAUCGAAACGUCUUCCAUGGAGACUCUCUCAGCAUCCAUUUCAUCCUUGAACCUCCCUCCACUACCUCGUAGGUCCUUCUCCGGCCGCUUUAAACCCACCGUUAACUCAACCUCGACAAAUCUUUCAAAACCACCAACAUCGUCUUCUCCAUCUUCCUUCUCCCACCACAAAAACCUUACCUUCCCUAGAGGAAUCUCGUUACCACUUCCGAACGCAAAACCCUCGAGAGCUCCACCGCCACCAUCUCCUCCUCAGAUUCACGAGAAAGCGGCGUCGGGAUUUGCUGCGGCGCUCGUUAGCGUUUGUCAAUCGAAGAACUGUCUUGGUCGGGCUCAAGAAGAUGUCAGAAGGCUGAUGGCGUUUCUUGUGGGAGAAGACAAGAAGAGGAACAAUAACAAGGGCUUAGUCAAUGAAGUUGUUGAGAGAGGUAAGUUUGGUAAACACUUGAAGGGCUUGGUCAAGAUGUUGGUUACAAGAGGCAAAUCUGGGAUUGUGUUCGAUGUCUUAAUGGAAUUUGAGAGAAUCUGUAAUGAACUUGUUGUUACAAAUCUUGUAUGGGUUACUUAAUGGAACAACCAAAGAUUGUAACUAAGAUUACAUCAACAAAGUCAAAGUUUACUUUUGCGUUUUAUC